CCGCACCGCAAAUCGGCCGGCAAAACUCUCUCGUACGCCCUUUCGUGACGGACGAUUAUCGAUCUCCUAUCUAUUCUCUCUUAUUACAGCGCUUUAGAAACGGCCGCGUGUACAUCCGACGGCGGGUGUACGAUGAGCAAAACACGAUCGGAUGUAUAUUUUAAUGAUAUAAAAUCGCUUUUCGGACGGAAAUACGAAUCGUGAGAGUUCUUCUGCUCGGACAAAGAGGAGGAAAAAAAAAAGGGAAAUGAUAUACGUCUAAUGAAUAAAUUAUGAAUACAAAGUAAGAUAGCUGGUGCGACGAGGUGCACAUUGUUGCGAGAUUGUUGAUUAUGCUGGACUAAACCCGGCGUAUUCUAGUGAAAUUUCUAGAAUGUGCUAAAGUGCUCUUUAAUCAUCUUCCCGUAACGCCGAUUCUCUUUCGUAAUACAGAGAGAGAGAGACAGAGAGGGGAGGUAGUCAGUUUUAAGUAUUCAAUGAUCAGAAAAAGAUUAUACAAAUGCCUUCCUCUAAUUUCCUACGACUUACGUCUGAAUUAAUUUCACGCUCGACGUGUACGCGUAUUAUUAAUCUGAUUCUAUUCUUUCUUUGCUCGAUCUGAUAAGGAAUUUCUGUUUGUAAAUAGGAACAAGCUACGUACUUAUAAGGAACGCGACAUGAAUUCGACGAUUUUUCGAGCAUUGGAUUUAAUUGCAAACUGCUCGAAAAAUCACGGUACGACAUAUACGUGUGUCAGAAGGGGACGUCGCGCCGUUCUCAGGAGCUAUAGCUUUAUUUUUGGGGAUCAUUCCUGUCUUACCUCCGUCGUUUUUCAAGAGCCGAACAGCAGAAGUGAUCCUUGGUAGAAGAGGAUUGUGCGAAUCAUCAAACGAAUAAAAAAAUUGGACUCAUUGAUAAAUCCUUAACAUGUCCACAAUGGCUGGCAGUGAGUACACAUCCGUAAAGGAUUUUUAUAGAGAAAGGUCGAUUUUCAUAACCGGAGCUACUGGCUUCAUGGGCAAAGUUCUCGUCGAGAAGUUAUUGAGAUCAUGUCCGGAUAUCAAAAACAUCUACCUUUUAAUGAGACCUAAAAAGGGUCAGAAUGUGCAAGAGAGAUUGCAAGAACUUUUAAACGUACCGCUGUUUGAGAAAUUACGGCGGGAUUCCCCUGGCGAGCUUUCCAAGAUCAUACCCGUGGCCGGUGAUAUUACGGAGCCAGAAUUGGGCAUCUCGACAGAAGAUCAAAAUAUGUUAAUAGAAUCUGUAUCGGUCAUUUUUCAUUCGGCGGCUACUGUCAAAUUUGAUGAGGCUUUGAAACUGUCGGUCACCAUAAAUAUGUUGGGCACGAAAAGAUUGGUUCAGUUAUGCCAUCGCAUGCACAACGUAGAGGCGUUCAUUCACGUGUCAACGGCGUACUGCAAUUGCGAUCGGAACGACGUCGCCGAGGAGAUUUACCCGGUGGGAAGAGAACCUGAUCAAGUGAUCGCUCUGACAGAAUUGAUGGACGACAAAAUGUUCGAAGACUGUACGCCAAAUCUGAUCGCCAGUCGACCAAAUACAUACACGUUUACAAAAGCGUUGACCGAGCGUAUGCUCCAGCGGGAAAAGGGUUCUUUACCGGUGGCGAUUGUCAGGCCAUCGAUCGUACUGUCUUCGUAUAGAGAACCGGUCGCCGGUUGGGUGGACAAUUGCAAUGGCCCCACGGGGAUUAUCGCCGCAGUUGGGAAAGGCUUCUUCAGAACUAUGCUAUGCCACGAGGACAAGGUAGCGGAUCUCGUGCCCGUCGACAUAGUGAUCAACUUAAUGAUUUGCGCGGCAUGGAGGACCGCUACGCAACGCACCGACAGCAUUCCGAUUUACAACUGUUGCACCGGCCAACAAAAUCCUAUAACCUGGAAGCAGUUCGUCGAUCUCUCGUUCAAAUAUUGUCGGCUACAUCCGAUGAAGGAUGCACUCUGGUAUCCGGACGGUUGUUGUCAUAACUCCGCCAUUAUAAACAACUUGUGCGUGGCAUUUCAACAUAUAUUACCCGCGUACAUCUUAGAUACUCUCGCUCGGCUCAAAGGCUCGCGACCCAUAAUGGUCCGCGUACAGUCAAAACUUUCCAAAGCCGCCAAGUGCUUGGAGUACUUCAGCACGAAACAGUGGAAUUUCAGAGACGACAAUGUGCGACGACUGGGUGAGCAACUCAGUCCGGAAGACCGGGAAACAUUUAUGUUCGAUGUUAAGCAAAUCGACUGGCCAUCGUACUUGGAGCAUUACAUUCUGGGAAUACGACAGUUUAUCCUGAAAGAGAGUCCGGACACACUGCCAGCUGCUCGUUCAUACAUCACAAAACUGUACUGGCUUCACAGGGCCAUACAAUUUGGGAUACUGAUAAUAAUGCUACGCGUCCUAUUGUCACGCAGUUCUGCAACGCGAGGAGCCUUCUUUUCGCUGUUGUCCGUCGUACUUCGCAUAUGCCGCUUGAUUGUUUGACGGCUCAGAACAGACUCGGUCGAUGAUCGCGAUCAUCGUAACACAAUGCGGCCAUUAUCCAGCAGCCGUUAUUUAAAGGUGCGAUUUGUUCUUCGACCUCGUUGCUCAGCCUCCUCGACGAUAAAGCGCUAUUUACACAUCCAUCGAUUGGCCUUUCCGAUGUUGGUAACCAUCAACAAGUAACAACGCCGUUUUACAAACCUGAUUCUUGAAAAAGUGUCGGUUACUGAUACGAUUGGACAAGAAUUCCCAAUCUGUCCUCGCGAGUAUAUAAGUACGCUCCAAAACACUUUGCAUAUAUUACAAUAAUUAUUAUUACAUUACUGGUGUUAUUCCUUGUUGCCCAGAGCGCGAAUUGUCGACUGUCACGAGAUUGAUUGUCGUCAAGUUCCACAUAGUGGUGUAACCGUCAUCGCGUGUUUCCAUUACGCUAGAAUACAAAAUAAACGCGCAUCGCCACGAUUAUUCCGUUAGCAUACAUCGUACAUCGAUACUUUGCACAACGUCAAUUUCUAAUAAAAUAAAAGAAGCCAAGUUAUAUCGGCACAUACUCGAGCGUUGCUAGCGCGAGCUUGGUACGUCAUUUUUAGUCUAGCUAGUCGGUUUUCGGUAUGGUAAAAUGGCUCGCGGGUAACCACCACGUUCUCACAACACGGCGGCAUUAGGAUUCCGUCGUGCCUUUGUAUUGUCGGUAUCUGACAUUCUUUUUUCCUUUUUACUCUGUGACGUAAGAUACCUAGAUAGAUAUUUUGCUACGAUCGCACGGUGACUCGUGGUUACGCGUACAGAGGCGAGAAAAUUGCUAUCGACUUAGAAGUAACACAUACAAAAACCGUAAAAACAAUACCAUACGAUAGAUAUGUUAGAUCAAGUGUGACAAGUACAUAACGACAGGUGUUUUGUAGCUUUUUUUUUUUAACGAACUGCCAUUGAUACGCGAAAAUUAUUUAAGUCAUAAACGUGUCUUGUUCAGAACAACGAGAGCUCGACAUCUUUGUGAACUUGUCUCGAAAAGCUACGCUAUGGUUACAGCCUUACCUUAAUGAAAUAUCUCUACGUAUCUUACAUAUAUUAUUGUCACAGGAUCAAUUUUUAAGAAACUUGGAAGGCAUUGGCAACUUAUUUUUCGGGGGGAUUAUUCGCUGAAUAAAAGCAAAUUGAUGACAUGCGACACGGAUAAAGAUAGAAAAAUUACAGUCAGUUAAAGUGCCAGUUCGUGUGCAAAUCGAUAAACUUUUGAUUAAUGGAGAUGAAAUUUGAACUCAGAUAUCAAUUUUACAUUUUAUCCAAUGUAUCCUUAAUCAACUGCGUUCGCAUUAAGCUUAUAUCCCGCCAAUAGAUCUUGCCAAUAUAAUCUGAGACUUAGAAGAAAGAGACCUGAAGAGGAAAAUCUGACAUUUCUUCCUUCGCAAUUAAUCUCCCAUCAUAUUUUGUUAGCAGAUCUUAUUAUAUUUCUGCUUCCGCCAAUAAAAUUGACAAAGAGCUGUUUUUGACACAUUUGUAUAUAAUAUUUUCAAAAGCGCGUUUUAAUCAUAGUUGGCAUGAACACGGAGACAUUUGUACUCGAUAAUUUUCGUAUCUCCAAGCUUGUUGCCUAUGCCUUUGAAAUAACAAUAAUAUUUUGAGGCUUUAUUUCAUGUAUUACUCCUUUGUGCUAAUCAUGUUUUCGUGUAAUUUAUUAUUCAAAGCGCGCACGUCGCGCCGGAGCGGGGUUUCCCUUAAAUUUUACAAUCACUCGAUGAAACGCUGUCGUGCUUCGAGAAUGAAAAAUACAUUUGAAAAUAGAUAAGUAAAUGUAAUGGAAAAAUUUUCAUGUUACAACGUAAGAAAAUGACAAAUAAUCCUAAUUUUGCGCCAAGGAGUAAAAGAGGAGUAGUGCUACGAAGGUCAUCUUCUACUAGUCUCGUCUGUAUUGUUACUUGGUUACACAGUGCAUACAAAAAAAAUAAUAUUUAAUAUUUAAUAUAUAUAUAAUUAAUUUAAUUAAUAUUAUACUAUGCUACUAUACAAAUUACAUUAAAAAUAAUGAAUCAUUACUGAGUAUUUCGCUUUUUUCUCGAUAUCCCUCAUUAAAUUAAUUUAAGAUAAAUCUUAUUAAAUCAAAUUUUAUCUAUUAAAGCAUCUUUUACACGCUAAUUCAUCAUUUAUUCAUUAGAAAAACGUAAUCUUUUUCUUUGUUAAAAUUAUCACGGAUAAGCACAAUCUAUCGCACCAAAAA